GCUCGGGGAUUGGAUGAUACAGUUUCCAUAGCAUCUCGUAGUAGAGAGGUUUCUGGGUUCAGAGGAGGUGGUGGAGGGCCUGCUUAUGGCCCUCCACCAUCACUUCAUGCACGAGAAGGACGUUAUGAGCGGAGACUUGAUGGGUAAGUUCCAAGGUUUCUGUAGGCAGGUAUUUUGUAUUUGAUAUGGUGAGAAACAGAAACUCGUAUUUAGGGGCCCCAGAUGGAUUUUAAAAUUUGGGCAUUCUCAAUGUUUCCUAUUUUGGGUUGGAAACGGAAGUGAUCCCUGUCUCACUGGCUGGUGUCUUGUGGAAUCGUAGAGGAUAUUUCCUGCAGCUGAUUGGAUAUCUACUCUUGAGAUGUAAAGUGGUGGAAGAUUUCCCAUGGCAGCGUCAUUUUUGGAGUUACCUGUCUUCUAGAUGAUUCCUUCUCUUGGAUAAUAUUAAGGUGUUCCUUGGAUAUAUCCCUUCUGCCCGAUGGAGCUAUUUGGCUACAGCUUAUAUGGUUGUACUAUUUGGAAUAUUUCUGGAGUAUUACAGCUUACAGAUGAUUAUAGAAGUUGGUAUCUGCUACUUCGUUUUCACUACAUAAAAUUUACAAAUGAAUUGGAUUGUCACCAAAAAAAAUUUAACAGACCAUAAUGAUUCAGCCAUUUGGAUUCUACAAACAAUAAUUUAACAUGGAGAUAUAUACUUGGAUGAAGAGAGAAGGUGAUGCUUGAUUUUCCUGUUUUGGAUCUACACAAUUUCUGUGUUGGAAUUAUACUCCUUGAUGGAAUUGGGGAAAAUUGAGAUGCUGGACGUUCCCAAAUCCUGGAAUAUAGCCAUUCUUUCCUAAUUGCUGGAAUGUAUGGGAUGCCAUCCUGUCAAGACUCCAUUAGCCCAGGGGAAGAGGAUUACUAUCUCAUUUCUUAUGCAAGUUGCUGCCCAAUUAAAGGUACUUUAGUUUUGAACACAUGGUGAUGAUCAGUUGUGGAUACAGCAAUCAAAAUUGACUGGGCUGGAUGACUACAAAAGCAAACAACUGGCGAGCAGUCGUCCCCUCAGCGAGCGCUCGAUGGAAUUGCAGGAUAUUUCCUCUUCUGCCAGCUGCCUGAUUCACACUUAGGACUGGAGAUUUUUAUGAAUGUGGAUCAAUUUAUAAUUGUCUACUAUCUCAAGAAAGAAGUCUGGGGGUUUGAGAAUUACAGUUUGUCUGGGACUACUUGCUUCCAGUGGAAUUAUUUUAUCUGGUCACUAAGAUUUUUUUCUUGUGGUUCAUCUAAAUAUCAUUUGACACCCUUGCCCAUUAAGAAGGUGGAUUACCCCCAUAAGAGGGGCCAAAAUUGGGGAAGUUAUGUUCACAAUUCUCUCCCUAGAUUUAAUUGGGAUUAUAGGUCGUGUUUCCACACUUGGAAAAGGGCUUCAGAUAACAGGGAGCGUGCUUAUGAACAUAGUGCCUAUGGACACCAUGAACGGGGGACGGGAGGAUUUGAUCGGACAAGACAUUACGAUCAGGAUUACUAUAGAGAUCCUCGAGAGCGGACUUUACAGCAUGGGCUCUAUUACACUUCUCGGAGUCGAAGUCCAAACCGCUUUGAUGCUCAUGACCCCCGAUACGAACCUAGGGCUCGGGAGCAGUUUACGCUGCCCAGUGUGGUACACAGGGAUAUCUACAGGGAUGACAUUCCCCGGGAGGUACGAGGCAGAAGGCCAGAGCGGAAUUACCAGCACAGCAGGAGUCGGUCACCACAUUCAUCCCAGUCUAGAAAUCAGUCUCCUCAAAGACUGGCUAGCCAAGCGUCCAGACCUACACGGUCCCCUAGCGGCAGCGGCUCUAGGAGUAGAUCUUCCAGUAGUGAUUCAAUCAGCAGCAGCAGUAGUACCAGCAGUGACAGCAGCGAUUCCAGUAGUAGCUCAAGUGACGCCUCCCCAGCCCGAUCCGUUCAGUCUGCCGCAGUCCCAGCACCCACUUCCCAGCUGCUUUCAUCUUUGGAAAAAGAUGAGCCCCGUAAAAGUUUUGGGAUCAAGGUUCAGAAUCUUCCAGUACGCUCUACAGAUACAAGCCUUAAAGAUGGUCUUUUCCAUGAAUUUAAGAAAUUUGGGAAAGUGACUUCAGUGCAGAUACAUGGGACUUCUGAAGAAAGGUAUGGUCUGGUGUUUUUUCGGCAGCAAGAGGACCAAGAAAAAGCACUGACUGCAUCAAAAGGAAAACUGUUCUUCGGCAUGCAGAUUGAAGUAACAGCAUGGAUAGGGCCAGAAACAGAAAGUGAAAAUGAAUUUCGCCCCUUAGAUGAAAGGAUAGAUGAAUUUCACCCCAAAGCAACAAGGACUCUCUUUAUUGGCAACCUUGAGAAAACCACUACUUACCACGACCUUCGCAACGUCUUCCAGCGCUUUGGGGAGAUUGUGGAUAUUGAUAUUAAAAAAGUAAAUGGAGUUCCUCAGUAUGCAUUCUUGCAAUAUUGUGAUAUUGCCAGUGUUUGUAAAGCUAUUAAGAAGAUGGAUGGAGAAUAUCUUGGGAAUAAUCGCCUCAAGCUGGGUUUUGGAAAGAGUAUGCCUACAAACUGCGUGUGGUUAGAUGGGCUUUCUGCGAACGUGUCGGAUCAGUAUUUAACUCGACAUUUCUGCCGGUAUGGGCCUGUGGUGAAGGUGGUGUUUGACCGCUUAAAAGGCAUGGCCCUGGUUCUCUACAAUGAAAUUGAAUAUGCACAAGCAGCUGUAAAAGAGACAAAGGGGAGGAAAAUUGGUGGCAAUAAAAUCAAGGUGGAUUUUGCAAAUCGGGAAAGUCAGCUGGCAUUUUAUCAUUGCAUGGAGAAGUCUGGUCAAGAUAUCAGAGACUUUUAUGAGAUGUUAGCAGAAAGAAGGGAGGAACGCAGGGGAUCUUAUGACUAUAGCCAAGAUCGUACCUAUUAUGAAAAUGUUCGCACUCCAGGCACAUAUCCGGAGGACUCCAGACGGGACUACCCAGCUCGAGGAAGAGAAUUUUAUUCAGAGUGGGAAACGUACCAAGGAGACUACUAUGAAUCACGCUAUUAUGAUGAUCCUCGAGAAUACAGGGAUUACAGGAGUGAUCCUUAUGAACAAGAUAUUCGGGAGUACAGUUACAGGCAAAGGGAACGAGAGAGAGAACGAGAGAGAUUUGAGUCCGACCGUGACCGAGACCACGAGAGGAGGCCCACAGAACGAAGUCAGAGUCCAGUCCACUUGCGGCGGACACAGAGUCCGGGAGCCUCUCCCUCGCAGUCAGAGAGGUUGCCAGGUGAUUCCGAGAGAAGGCUGUACAGCCGGGCCUCAGACCGCAGUGGAAGCUGUAGCUCACUAUCCCCUCCACGGUACGAGAAACUCGACAAAGCUCGUUUGGAACGCUAUACAAAAAAUGAGAAGACAGACAAAGAACGAACUUUUGAUCCUGAAAGAGUAGAGAGAGAAAGACGCUUAAUACGGAAGGAAAAAGUGGAAAAGGAAAAAACUGACAAGCAGAAACGGAAAGGAAAAGUUCAUUCCCCCAGUUCUCAGUCUUCAGAAACAGACCAAGAAAAUGAGAGGGAACAGAGCCCUGAAAAACCAAGGAGCUCCAAUAAACUGAGCAGAGAGAAAGCCGACAAAGAAGGAGUAGCAAGAAACCGUCUGGAACUCAUGCCGUAUGUGGUUUUGACUCGAGUGAAAGAAAAAGAGGGAAAAGUUAUUGAGCACAAUCCUUUGGAAAAGCUGAAAGCCAAGCUCGAUAAUGACACCAGCAAGUCUGCUCUGGAUCAGAAACUUCCGGCCUCUCAGACUGAGCCUGCAAAAUCUGACUUGUCCAAACUGGAAUCCGUCAGGAUGAAAGUACCAAAGGAAAAGGGGCUUUCCAGCCAUGUUGACAUGGUAGACAAAGAAAGCAGGGUGAAACCCAGGAAGCACCUAAAGCCCGAGCAGACAGCCGACGGGGUGAACGCCGUGGACUUGGAGAAGCUGGAAGCAAGGAGGAGGCGGUUUGCAGAUUCCGGUUUGAAAGUGGAUAGGCAGAAAUCAGAAGUCAAGAAGAGCAGCCCAGACAUGGAGGAUGCUCGGGUGCUUUUAAAAAAGCAGGCUGACACAUCAUCCAGAGAAGUCAAUCCGCUGAGAGAAGGCGAGUCUGAAAGAAAGCCCGUGAGGAAAGACAUUCCUAAAAGAGAAUCUAAAAAAGUCAAGCUGGACAGACUUAAUGCUGUGCCCAGUCCCAAAGAUUGUCAGGAGCUCCCCAGCAUUUCUGUUGGGUCUGGCUCAAGGCCCAGCUCAGAGCUGCAGUCAAGAUUGGUUGAACCAGUAGGUGAAUCUGUGGAAAAUCAAGAAGUGCCGUCUAAAAAGUCCAUUCCCUCAAAACCACAGCCCAAACAGCUGCAGCUAUUAGAUGAUCAAGGACCAGAGAGAGAGGAUGUUAGGAAAAACUAUUGCAGUCUUCGUGAUGAAACACCUGAACGUAAAUCAGGCCAAGAGAAACCACAUUCAGUAAAUUCAGAAGAAAAAAUUGGCAUUGACAUUGAUCACACACAGAGUUACCGAAAGCAAAUGGAGCAGAGUCGUAGGAAACAGCAGCUGGAGAUGGAAACGGCCAAGUCUGAGAAGUCCGGCAGCCCCAAGAAGGACGUGGAUGAAUACGAGCGCCGGAGCCUUGUUCACGAGGUAGGCAAACCUCCUCAGGACGUCACUGACGACUCCCCUCCCAGCAAAAAGAAAAGGAUGGACCAUGUUGAUUUUGAUAUCUUCACCAAGAGAGAGAGGAAUUACCGAAGUUCACGCCAAAUCAGUGAAGAUUCUGAAAGGACUGGUUGUUCUCCCAGUAUCCGCCACGGUUCCUUCCAUGAAGACGAUGAUCCCCUGGGCUCCCCAAGGCUAAUGCCGAUAAAGGGGUCUCCUAAAGUCGAUGAGAAAGGUCUCCCGUAUUCUAAUUUAACUGUUAGAGAAGAGUCCUUAAAAUUCAAUCCUUAUGAUUCCAGCAGGAGAGAACAGAUGGCAGACAUGGCCAAAAUAAAACUCUCUGUCUUGAAUUCUGAAGACGAUCUGAGUCGUUGGGACUCUCAGAUGAAGCAGGAUGCCAGCAGAUUUGAUGUGAGCUUCCCAAACAGCGUCAUCAAGAGAGACAGUCUUCGUAAGAGGUCUGUCCGUGAUUUGGAACCGGGGGAGGUGCCUUCCGAUUCCGAUGAGGACAGUGAACGCAAGUCCCACUCACCCCGAGCCUCCGCGUUGUACGAAAGUUCUCGGCUGUCUUUUUUAUUGAGGGACAGAGAAGAUAAACUGCGUGACCGAGAUGAAAGACUGUCUAGUUCUCUGGAAAGGAACAGGUUUUACUCUUUCGCAUUGGAUAAGACAAUUACGCCGGACACUAAAGCUUUGCUUGAAAGAGCUAAGUCCCUCUCCUCAUCUCGAGAAGAAAAUUGGUCUUUUCUUGAUUGGGACUCUCGGUUUGCUAAUUUUCGAAACAACAAAGAUAAAGAAAAAGUCGACUCUGCUCCAAGACCUAUUCCAUCCUGGUACAUGAAAAAGAAGAAAAUCAGGACUGAUUCAGAAGGGAAAAUGGACGAUAAAAAAGACGACCAUAAAGAGGAAGAGCAGGAAAGGCAGGAGCUGUUCGCUUCCCGUUUUUUGCACAGCUCGAUCUUUGAACAAGAUUCCAAGCGACUGCAGCACCUAGAGAGAAGGGACGAAGGGCCCGACUCCGGGGCCGGGAGGCUGCGUGGGGGGCAGGCGUCGGACGGCGCGCACAGCGCAGCGGACUUGAUCCAAGAGCCGGUGGUCUUGUUCCAUAGCAGAUUCAUGGAGCUCACACGGAUGCAACAGAAAGAAAAGGAAAAAGACCAAAAACCGAAAGAGGUGGAGAAACACGAAGAAGCGGAGAAUCAUCCCAAGACCCCAGAGUGUGCCUCUGAGAGUAGAGAGUCAGAGCUGAAGCCGGCGGCUUCCGGUGGGCCUCCCGGUGGCCAAGCUGUGCCUGCAGACCCGGCCCCCUCGGCACCCGAGAGGACUGGGGAGAAGAUGCUGGAGGAGCCUCUGGGGACUGAGGAGGAGGCGGGGGCGCCUGCUUCCGUCUCAGAUGCAGCAAAGCCUGCGCCUGAGCAGGCCCUUGUCCCUGUGGAACAGCCUGAACAAGCGGACCUGCCCCCGGGAGAAGACAGCAGUAAAGGUGCUGCCGUGCCUCCUGUCACCGAAGAAGGUCCCGCUGUUGAGCCGCUGCCGUCUCCGGACGCCAGGCCUCCGACUCCCGGAGCCUCGUAUUCGCAGGUGGAGAGCAGUGCGAGUCCAGAGCCCGCCGGUGCUCAGCCGCUUCCAAAGCCGACGCAGAAGCCCGAGGAGGCUGAAGAGCCGAAGGCAGAGAAGCCAGCCUCACCCACUCCUGCGGAGCCCAGUGCAAAUCAGAGAGCUGAGGUCGUCCCUGAGACCCGGCCUCCGGCUUCUGAAGACUUAGAGGUGGAUCCCCCAGUUGCUGUAAAAGAUAAAAAGCCAAAUAAAAGUAAGCGUUCCAAGACCCCAGCUCAGGCAGCUGCGGCAAGUGCCGUGGAGAAGCCUGUCACGAGGAAGAGUGAGAGGAUAGACCGGGAGAAGUUAAAGCGGUCCAGCUCUCCCCGCGGAGAAGCCCAGAAGCUCCUGGAGUUAAAGAUGGAGGCAGAGAAGAUUACAAGGACCGCUUCAAAAAACUCUGCUGGGGACCCUGAACACCCUGAACCAAGUUUGCCGCUCAGCCGCACCAGGCGCCGGAACGUGAGGAGCGUGUACGCCACCAUGGGUGACCAGGAAAGCCGCUCUCCAGCCAAAGAGCCCGCAGAACAGCCGAGGGUAACCAGAAAGCGGCUGGAGCGAGAACUUCAGGAAGCGGCGGCAGUUCCUACGACCCCUCGGAGGGGAAGGCCUCCAAAGACGCGCCGUCGAGCAGAAGAGGAGGACGAGAAUGAGGUCAAAGAAUCCACGGAAACACUCAAGCCGGCUGAGGGGUGGAGGUCCCCACGAUCACAAAAAUCAGCUGCGGGAGGACCCCAAGGGAAAAAGGGGAAAAACGAACCAAAAGCUGACGCACAGCGUCCUGAGGCCACCCCGGAGGAGAGCCCCCAGGUAACCGUGAAAGAUAGAGAAGCAGCAGGGACUGAAGAGAAAUGCGAUAGAAAAGAGAACACAGACACGAACGCCCCUGGGACACCCCCGGCCGAGGUGGUGGAGAGAAAAACAGCCCCCGAAAAAAACUCCAAAGCCAAGCGAGGCAGAGCUCGCAAUGCGAGGUCAGCAGUGGACAGAUCUGCAAAUCUGAAAAGUGCGGAUGCCACAGCUGGUCCCAGCGUGGCCGUGGGGCAGGCCGCAGAGAAGGAGGCUGGGCUGGUGAGGGUCUCCCCUGAGAAAAGCCAGGGUUUGCCAAAGGACGGUAGUUUGUCAUCUCAGCUGAACAACGAUCCAGUUGAUGCAGGCAGGGAACCAGAGACUGAAAACGGGUCUGCCUCCCCGGAAGCCUCGCAGCUAGCUCAGCAGAUGGAGUUGGAGCGGGCCGUGGAGAACAUCGCCAAGCUCACAGAAACCACCAGCUCCGCGGCGUACAAGGCCGCAGCUGCAGGUGCGCCAGAGGGCCUCGCCGCCGAGGACAAGCCCGCACACCCAGCCAGUGAGACGGAGCUGGCUGCGGCCAUUGGCUCCAUCAUCAACGACAUUUCUGGGGAACCAGAGAACUUCCCAACCCCUGCACCUUACCCAGCAGAAUCUCAGACAGAUCUGCAGCCUCCUGAGGAAGGGAUGGAGCCUGAGACCAAUGAGGCUGUGUCUGGCAUCUUGGAGACAGAUGCUGCUACAGAGUCUUGUCGGCCAGCAGCCAGUGCCCCUGACCCCUCCGCAGGCCCAGCGGACACCAAGGCAGCCAGAGAGGGCAGCAGCGAAACUUCCCUCCCAGCACAGGAAGUCAAAGGGCCGAAAGAAGCAGAAGUUGCCUUGGUUCGGAAAGACAAAGGGCGCCAGAAGACCACCCGGUCCCGCCGCAGACGGAAUACCAACAGGAAGGCAGGGGCUGCUGCAGAGCCUCAUGCCUCUGAAUCAGACCACGCACCAAACAAGAGUCCCGCUGCGAAUGAGGGCACGGCGGUGCCCCCCCCAGAACCGCCACAGGAGGAGCAAAGUGAGAAGCCCCCCUCUCCUCCUCCGCAGUCGCAUGCCUCUGACCCCAGCAGGUCCCCGUCUGUGGAUUGUGUGUCUCAAGAAAGCAGUGUUGUUGAAGAGAGAACUCCGACCAAGACCUCGGCUCUCCCAGACCUUCCCCCUCCUCCCCAGCCAGUGCCGGUGGACGACGAACCUCAAGCCAGGUUCAAGGUGCAUUCUGUCAUUGAAAGUGACCCGGUGACUCCACCCAGUGACUCGAGCAUAGCCCCACCUACAAUUCCUUCAGUAACUGCAGCAAAGCUGCCACCCCCUGUGGCCUCCGGGGGGGUCCCACACCAGAGCCCCCCGCCUAAGGUGACAGAGUGGAUCACAAGGCAGGAGGAGCCACGGGCUCAGUCCACUCCGUCUCCAGCUCUCCCUCCAGACACGAAGGCCUCUGACGUGGACACCAGCUCCAGUACCCUGAGGAAGAUCCUUAUGGACCCCAAGUACGUAUCUGCCACAGGCGUCACUUCCACGAGUGUCACCACAGCCAUUGCGGAGCCUGUCAGUGCCCCCCCUUGUCUGCACGAGGCACCGCCCCUUGCAGUUGAGCCUAAAAGGCCACCUUUAGAAGAAAAGGCGUCAGCUCCAGCAGCAAGCGCCCCUGACACACAAGCCUCGGAGGUCCCCAUCGCCACCGACAAAGAAAAGGUGGCUCCAGUCAUUGCUCCCAAAAUCACUUCUGUGAUCAGCCGCAUGCCCGUCAGCAUUGAUUUGGAGAAUUCCCAGAAGAUAACCCUGGCAAAACCUGCGCCGCAGACCCUCACUGGCCUGGUGAGUGCCCUGACCGGCCUGGUGAACGUGUCCCUGGUCCCGGUGAACGCGCUGAAAGGCCCCGUGAAGGGCUCGGUGGCCACGCUGAAGGGUCUGGUGAGCACCCCCGCCGGGCCCGUGAACGUCCUGAAGGGGCCCGUGAACGUCCUCACAGGGCCCGUGAACGUCCUCGCCGCUCCGGUGAGCGCCACCGUGGGCCCCGUGAGCGCCUCGGCCGGUGUGGUGAACGCCGCCACGGGCGCCGUGAACACCGCCGCAGGGGCAGUGACGGUGACUGCCGCGUCCGGGGGGGUGACCGCCACCACUGGCACAGCGACCGUGGCCGGUGCCAUGAUUGCACCGCCGGCAAAGUGCAAGCAGAGAGCCAGCACGAACGAGAACAGUCGCUUCCACCCUGGGUCCAUGUCGGUGAUCGACGACCGGCCGGCUGACGCGGGCGCCGGCGCCGGGCUGCGCGUGAACACUUCAGAAGGGGUCGUGCUCCUGAGCUACUCGGGGCAGAAGACGGAAGGCCCACAGCGGAUCAGCGCCAAGAUCAGCCAGAUCCCACCAGCGAGUGCAAUGGACAUCGAGUUUCAGCAGUCGGUCUCCAAGUCGCAGCUCAAAGCCGACUCUGUCGCACCGUCACAGGCUCCCCCCAAAGGCGCUCAGACCCCUUCAGGCUACGCCAACGUGGCCACCCAUUCCACUCUGGUGCUGACUGCCCAGACGUACAAUGCAUCUCCCGUGAUCUCAUCCGUGAAGGCUGACCGUCCGUCUUUGGAGAAGCCUGAGCCCAUCCACCUCUCCGUGUCCACGCCUGUGACUCAGGGAGGCACAGUGAAGGUUCUCACCCAGGGCAUAAACACACCCCCGGUGCUGGUUCACAACCAGCUGGUCCUCACCCCGAGCAUAGUCACCACCAAUAAGAAGCUUGCAGACCCAGUCACUCUGAAGAUCGAGACCAAGGUCCUUCAGCCAGCUAACCUGGGCUCCACGCUCGCGCCGCACCACCCUCCUGCUCUGCCCAGCAAACUGCCUGCGGAAGUGAACCACGUCAGCUCCGGGCCCAGCACCCCGACCGAGCGAACUGUCCCGCACCUGGCAGCCGCAAAGCCAGACUCGCACUCUCCGAGACCCAGCGGGCCUGCCCCGUCCCCGUUCCCGAGGGCCUGCCACCCCAGCAGCACCACGUCCGCCGCGCUGUCUACCAAUGCCACGGUCAUGCUGGCUGCAGGCAUCCCCGUGCCGCAGUUCAUCUCGAGCAUACACCCGGAGCAGUCUGUCAUCAUGCCCCCCCACAGCAUCACCCAGACGGUGUCGCUUGGCCACCUGUCCCAGGGUGAGGUGAGAAUGAACACGCCCACGUUGCCCAGCAUCACCUACAGCAUCCGGCCAGAGACGCUGCACUCUCCCCGGGCCCCUUUGCAGCCCCAGCAGAUGGAGGUCAGGGCGCCCCCGCGUGUGGGUACGCCCCAGCCGGCGACUGCUAGUGUGCCUGCCCUGGCCUCCCAGCACCCCCCUGAGGAAGAAGUGCAGUAUCACCUCCCUGUUGCCCGAGCCACAGCCCCUGUGCAGUCGGAGGUGCUGGUCAUGCAGUCUGAGUACCGGCUGCACCCGUACACCGUGCCCCGGGACGUGAGGAUCAUGGUGCAUCCGCACGUGACGGCCGUCAGCGAGCAGCCCCGUGCCGCAGACGGGGUAGUGAAGGUGCCGCCAGCCAGCAAGGCCCCACAGCAGCCAGUCAAAGAAGCUGCCAAGACGUCAGAUGCCAAAGUGGCCCCUGUCCCUGCCGCUGUCCCCGCCCCUGCCCCCGCCCCCGCCCCCGUCCCGGUUCCUGCCCCUGCCCCUCCCCCUCACGGGGAGGCCCGCAUACUCACUGUCACCCCCAGUAACCAACUCCAAGGGCUGCCUUUGACACCCCCUGUGGUGGUGACCCACGGGGUGCAGAUUGUGCACUCCAGUGGGGAGCUGUUUCAGGAGUACAGGUACGGCGAUAUCCGGACCUACCACGCCCCAGCCCAGCUCACACACACCCAGUUCCCUGCCGCUUCCUCGGUUGGCCUGACUUCCCGGACCAAGGCUCCUGCGCAGGGCCCUCCAGAAAGUGAACCCCUGCAGUCCACGCAGCCUGCCCCACCCGUGCCCUCCCCACAGUCUGCCCAGCCUACAUUGCCUUGCCAGCCCUCGCAGCUCAGCCAGCCUGGCCAGCCAUCGGGCAGCAAGAUGCCUCAGGUCUCCCAGGAGGCAAAGGGCACCCAGACAGGAGUGGAGCAGCCUCGCCUCCCAGCUGGACCUGCAAACAGGCCGCCUGAGCCCCAUGCCCAGGUGCAGAGGACACAAGGGGACGCAGGCCAGACUUCCUACCCGUCCCCUGUCUCCGUCUCCAUGAAGCCUGACCUCCAGGCCCCUCUUCCUGCUCAGGCUGCCCCAAAGCAGCCACUGUUUGUCCCCACGACCUCCGGCCCCAGCACCCCUCCAGGACUGGCCCUGCCGCACACGGAAGCCCAGCCAAGCCCCAAACCAGAUUCCUCCCCACACUUGACUUCCCAGAGGCCAGUGGACAUGGUCCAGCUUCUCACGAAGUACCCCAUCGUGUGGCAGGGCCUGUUGGCCCUCAAGAACGACACGGCUGCUGUGCAGCUCCACUUCGUCUCUGGCAACAACGUGCUGGCCCACCGGUCCCUGCCCCUCUCUGAAGGAGGGCCCCCGCUGCGGAUAGCCCAGAGGAUGCGGCUGGAGGCCUCGCAGCUGGAAGGGGUUGCCCGGAGGAUGAUGGUGGAGACCGAUUACUGUCUGUUGCUGGCUCUGCCCUGUGGCCGUGACCAGGAAGAUGUCGUGAGUCAGACCGAGUCUCUCAAGGCUGCCUUCAUCACUUACCUGCAGGCCAAGCAGGCCGCUGGGAUCAUCAAUGUUCCCAACCCUGGCUCCAAUCAGCCUGCCUACGUGCUGCAGAUCUUCCCGCCCUGCGAGUUCUCCGAGAGUCACCUGUCCCGGCUGGCCCCCGACCUGCUCGCCAGCAUCUCCAACAUCUCCCCCCACCUCAUGAUUGUCAUUGCCUCCGUGUGAGCCGCGGACGGUCACCGCCUCCGGUACGCACGCUCUCGGGCUCCGCAGCGGACAGCGGACGGCGCGGCCAGGCAGAGGGGACGGGCUCCACUGCCAGGUGCCAGCCUGCUGCUCCCGCGCCCCUCGGACAGGCCUCUGGGCAGUGGUGCUGCUACUGUGUACGUUUACCGGACGCUCUGGCCCAGGCACCGACCCCCGACCACCCCCCGCCGGACUGGCAGACACCUCGGGGCUGGGUUUCUCUCUCCUCUUUGUGGAGAAAAGGAACAGGGCAGUGGAAUUAAAUUUUGUUUUGUUUUGUUUUUAAGAAACAAGAAAACAGAACUGCCUUUGCACUAAAUUAGUGACUUGGACUUUUGCACAGUGAAGACAGGCUGUGACUCUGGGGGUGUUGUGAGCACGUGCGGGCGCCUCCGCAGGACCUCACCCUUCCGCUGAGACCUUGGGGUCAAGGAACAUUUCAUUGGUUUUUUUGUCCCCCUGCCACUGUCUCCCUUGCUCAUCUGGAUGUCACCCUCCUGACUCCCGCUGCCGCCGUCUCUGACUCACCGGGAUGCAGUUUACAGUCGGAGAGCGAACAGAAGCGUUUUCUUUCUUGGUGGGAUAUGCAGAACUUGGGAUGUGUGUAUAUAGAAAUAUAAUAUAUAUAUAUAAAUAUAUAUAAUACUGACUUAAAAUCAAAUUCCCUGACAUACAUUUUUUUUAAUCUGUGCCAAAAACGUGUUUUCAGAGAAGAUCUUAUUUUCAUACUCAGACUUUGUAUUGUCACUCAUUUGUAUAAGUGCGCUUCGUUACGGCACGGGCCCUGCUCUGCGAUGCGGCAGUGUCACAGCACCUGUACAAAGACUGGCGAGUCCCCCUCUUCCAACGACCUUGACCUCUCCUCCGACUUCCUAACACUUAUUAAUUUAUGAAACUGUUUUUCUCAGCGCAGUUUUGUUUCGUGUGUCCAUUGGAUUACAAACUUUAUUAAAAAAUACAAAACA